AUGAACGCAGUGGGGCAAAAUGUCACCCAUUCUACAAGAUCUAUAUUGCAUAAGCGUCAACAAAUCACGCUAGCCUUGCUAAAACCAGAUAUUUGCGCCAAUCCGUUAUUGAUCGAUAAAGUGAAAGAAGCCAUACGAAAAAACAACAUGGAGAUUGUGCACGAGAAGCGAGUCUUAUGGACUGAAAAAGAAGCAGGACAGUUUUAUCAGGAGCAUCAGCAAAAGUUUUUUUAUCAUCGUUUAUGUGGAUAUAUGACAAGUGGGCCUUUUCAAGCCAUGAUUCUGACUUCUCCUAAAACGAACAAUGUGAUAAAAGAAUGGAGACAACUGAUAGGUCCAACUCAUCCUGUCAAAGCAAGAAUACACAAACCAAACACAUUGAGAGCCUUGUAUGGCUUAACAGAUACCAGAAACUCAUUUCAUGGCUCAGACUCUGAUGAAUCUGCUAAAAGUGAAAUUGCAUUCUUUUUCCCUGAACUUUUUACUUCAUCUUCAACGGCAUCAUAA